AUGGCCAGCCCAGCAUCACAACCGCCGCCGCCUCAAGAUGAGGCGGCCCGCAAGGGCGAGGGCGACGGUCAUGGCCCGGGACCGCCGCGGAAAAAGGCAAAGAAGGAAAAGGCACCCAAGGUGGAACUUGUGUGUGACGCGGACGCGCAUCUCAAAUACAAGCAGCUCCAAGGGCUGCUGGCCCAUGCGCUGUUUCUUAGCCACGAAAAGCCAACGGCUGUUCGGUUCAAGAAUCGGACCACGAUCAAAAAGGUGGCCGUCAUCAGCUUGGCCAACCUGAAGCAGCACGACUUUGUGACCGAGAUUGUGCCCAGAGUGCAGGCACGCUGGCCAGAUGCCACGAUGGCUCGCAUUCGUGCCCCGGCCGGACGACGAAAUGUUGAGCCGCCCCUUCGCAUGCUGUGCACCAUUCAGGAUGCCAAGCGCAUCACUGCCGUCGACUUGGUAGACCAGGAGGACAGCGUCAGCCAACUGGGUUGGUAUGCACUCUGCCUCAAGCCCCAGAUGCAGCAGGACCAUCACUACCCUUCCGCCCCAGAGUGCCCAGCUUUGACCAACUCGGCGACUGGCAACGGUACCCCGCCGAGUGAGACCUCAACGACCCCAGUCCCCGCCAAUGCAGAUGCCAUCGACAUUGAUUCGGACGACGACCACGACCACGACGACGGGCAGGAAGAGAAGGAUGGGCCUGUCAAUGAUAUCAACGAUGAUGCCAAGGGCGACAAGGCAUCCGCGCCCCCGCCUGCCACGGCGCCAGCGACCGCCGACCCUAAAAAUGUGCCGCCCACAGACGCGGAACCACGGCUGUUCGCCGUGGAUUGCGAGAUGGUCCGGUGUGGGUCACGAUAUGCACUGGCACGCAUAUCUGUGGUUGACCAAGAUGAGGUCACAGUCAUGGACGAAUUUGUCGUGCCAGAUGAACCUGUUACCGACUAUGUGACCCGUUUCAGCGGGAUCACACCCGAGCUGCUCGCCAACGCCACCUCACGCCUUGCCGACAUUCAGCAUCGCUUGGCCCAGUUGCUUCGGCCCCACGACAUUCUCGUUGGGCAUUCCCUGGAGAACGACCUGGGUGUUCUGCAGCGUAGCCACCCGCAUGUCAUUGAUACGGCAGUGCUCCUGGCGCGCGAAGGCCGCUACAAGCAAAAGCUUUCCAUGCUGACGAAGAAGCACCUGCGAUAUGAAAUUCAAAACGCUGCGGACGGCCACAAUAGCGUGGAAGAUGCCCUAGCCUGUCUGCGUCUCGCUAAACACGUUCGCCAGCGCCCCGAGCUGAUUGAACAGAGCAACGACCAACAUUAUAACAUCAUCAAGGCCGUAGUCCGCCGCAGCGUGGCCCUAGGCGGUGGCAGUGGGGCCUCUGGGUCAACCCAGAGUUCCAUGGCUCCAGCCGCAACCUCUGACGCAGGUAGCGCUGCGAGCGCGGUGCGACUGGAACAACGCGGUUGCACGGUGGUAGCUGGAAGCCGUGUGCUGCGAGCGCUCUCCCGCUCGGGUGUCAAUUGCCUCACAGCUGAAACCGUGCCGAGUGCGGCUCACCAGGUAUCGCAACGUCUGGCCCAGGCAGCCGGUCUCCUCAUCGUGGAGCUGCCCACAGAAGCUGCCUCCACGGAGCUCGUGAGUCAGGGCUUGUUCAAGGUGCUUGAAGAGCAAGAGCCCCAUACUUUGGCCCUCGUCUUCGCCGGUGGCGACCAUCAAAGCAUGCACACGGCAUUUGCACACCGCAAGGAGACUGGCCAAUUUCCCAAUGAUUUUGACGCCAUCCUAGAGCAAGCCCGUCUGGGUGGUAUCCAGGUGGUGAUGACCUGA